CCUGUUACGUGAGUGGGAAGGAUUCUCUCGCUUUCCUGGCUUCCGGGAGCGCAUGCGCAGGCGGUCCGGAGCGACGGAUAAGUUGUUUUGUUGUUGCUGCCGCCACUGCCAAGGCUGGGAGUUUUUGCUGUGUGCUCAGGUAAAAAGGGUGAGAUGGACUUCUCCAAGAUACCAAAAAUCCGUGAUGAGGACAGGGAGAGCUUCUUUGGCUAUGUCCAUGGAGUCUCAGGACCUGUGGUUACUGCCUGUAACAUGGCAGGUGCAGCAAUGUACGAGUUGGUACGAGUUGGCCACAGUGAGCUGGUGGGAGAAAUUAUCCGACUGGAGGGUGAUAUGGCCACUAUCCAGGUUUAUGAAGAAACAUCUGGUGUGUCUGUAGGAGAUCCUGUACUUCGUACUGGCAAGCCUCUGUCAGUGGAGCUGGGCCCUGGCAUUAUGGGAGCUAUUUUUGAUGGUAUCCAGAGGCCCCUGUCAGACAUCAACACUCUGACCAAAAGUAUCUACAUCCCCAGAGGUGUCAACGUGUCAGCUCUUAGCAGGGACAUCAAGUGGGAAUUCACACCUUCCAAAAACUUACGGGUUGGCAGUCACAUCACUGGUGGAGACAUUUAUGGAGUGGUGAAUGAAAACUCCCUCAUCAAACACAAAAUCAUGUUGCCCCCAAGAAACAGGGGUACAGUAACAUACAUUGCUCCUCCAGGGAACUAUGAUGCUUCUGAUGUUGUCUUGGAGCUGGAGUUUGAAGGUGUGAAGGAGAAAUUCACUAUGGUCCAGGUCUGGCCUGUACGACAAAUCCGUCCUGUUACUGAAAAGUUACCAGCCAAUCACCCAUUGCUGACUGGGCAGCGAGUCCUAGAUGCACUCUUUCCGUGUGUACAAGGGGGUACAACUGCUAUCCCUGGGGCAUUUGGCUGUGGAAAGACUGUGAUCUCACAAUCUCUCUCAAAGUAUUCCAAUAGUGAUGUCAUCAUCUAUGUAGGAUGUGGAGAGCGAGGAAAUGAGAUGUCUGAAGUACUGAGAGACUUUCCAGAGCUUACAAUGGAAGUUGAUGGCAAAGUAGAAAGCAUUAUGAAGAGAACUGCUCUGGUAGCUAAUACCUCCAACAUGCCUGUUGCUGCUAGAGAGGCCUCUAUUUACACUGGAAUCACUCUGUCUGAGUAUUUCCGGGACAUGGGCUACCAUGUCAGUAUGAUGGCUGAUUCCACUUCCCGAUGGGCUGAGGCCCUCAGAGAAAUUUCAGGGCGUUUGGCUGAGAUGCCAGCUGACAGCGGUUAUCCAGCCUACCUUGGUGCCCGCCUGGCCUCUUUCUAUGAGCGAGCUGGCAGGGUGAAAUGUCUGGGGAACCCCGAGAGGGAAGGCAGUGUCAGCAUUGUUGGGGCUGUAUCUCCUCCUGGUGGGGACUUCUCUGAUCCUGUCACAUCUGCUACUUUGGGCAUUGUUCAGGUUUUCUGGGGCUUGGAUAAGAAGCUGGCUCAACGCAAGCACUUCCCCUCUGUCAAUUGGCUGAUCAGUUACAGCAAGUAUACACGUGCUUUGGAUGAGUAUUAUGACAAGCAUUUCACAGAGUUUGUUCCCCUGCGGACCAAGGCCAAGGAGAUCCUGCAGGAAGAGGAGGACCUGGCUGAGAUUGUGCAGCUUGUGGGGAAGGCAUCCCUGGCAGAAACGGAUAAGAUUACCCUGGAGGUUGCCAAGCUAAUCAAGGAUGACUUCCUGCAGCAGAAUGGCUACACCCCAUAUGACAGGUUCUGCCCUUUCUAUAAAACAGUGGGGAUGCUUUCCAACAUGAUAGCAUUCUACGACAUGGCACGCCGUGCUGUAGAGACCACAGCCCAGAGUGACAAUAAGAUUACGUGGUCCAUCAUCCGGGAGAAUAUGAAUGAGAUCCUCUACAGACUCACCUCCAUGAAAUUCAAGGACCCAGUCAAAGAUGGUGAAGCAAAAAUCAAGGCAGACUAUGCUCAACUCUUCGAGGACAUGCAGAAUGCAUUCCGCAGUCUGGAGGACUGAGUUCCACUUCUGCAACCCACUCCAGUUUGUUCUCUUUAGAUUCCUCAUCUCAGUUCCUUUGCUUCCCUACUCUGUAAAAUCAGUCCAAAAGUACCUGAUAGCCCUAUGUUUUCCUGUUCAUACUCAGUGGGUCUUUAUAAAACAUUCCUCUUAGUUUGUGUUUGGCCUUGCUCUGAGUGUCUGAAUUAGUGAGUGGAGUUGGUGUGAAUGGCCUGGUAGAGAGUGAGAGAAACACUUCUAAGCUUGCAGGGUAGGAAAUUCUCAUUUCUCCUUCUCCCAGUUAAUGUGUGCAUUCUCUGUGGUCAGUAUUCCUUGGGGAAGUAAGCCGGCUGAGUUGUACUGGUAGAAGAGGUGCAGAUCUUUGUCUUGGGACAUGCUAUAUUCUGAGCUAGUAGCUUGAAGGGCAUUUGGGCCUAGCAUUUUGCUAGGUGACUUCAAAGCAACGAAUGGGAAGUUUCCCACUUUUUGAAAUGGAAUUGAUUUAUAAUAUUCCAGUGAUGAGUUAAUGAUAUUAAAAAUUGUGAAUUCUUUAGUGUAAUGUCCCUUCUGCAACCUUUUACUGAGCUGUAUUACAGCAGGUGUACUGAAGUGCAGCAGGUUUGUAGAACUCUGCAAGGAUUAGCUAAAAGGAACAUGUGAAAGCAGCCAGUCUGUCUGCCAGCAUGUGAGAACACUUAUUUUCCUACUUGUUGCAUAAAUAGGAGUGUUGUACUCUGACAGUUAAAAUUUGAAGCCAUAGAUGCUCAACUAUCAGCAGCAGGAACUUUACCUUCUCUUACCAUUCAACUGCUUUAGUAUGUGAAGCUUGUUAUAGCUGCUUUGUAUUAUAGGACAUCAUGAGCCAUGAUGAUCCUUUUUCUGUAUGGACCAAGAAUCAGUCCUCCUGCAAGUGGUGUUCUGCUGCAUGCCAUAAUAUUUGUCUUCAGUGCAGCAUUCAGGUCAUCCUUAUGACAAGAAAGCCACAUGCUUUCAAACUUUUUCCCCCUAGGAUGCUGGUGUGAUUUGGCUCAUCUGUCCAGCCUCUUUGUAAAAGGAAUGUUCAAUGCUAUACUUUCUUUUUGGAAGGUUGAUAAUUUUUAGAGAAUGUAUCUAGUGAGAAGUUGGUGACCUUGUUCUUUGCAUUUCACUCUGACCAUGGUUUGCUCUCAAAACAACUACUGCUUCUAUUCAAUGACAGAGUUAGUGUGUGUUGAGGAAUUAGAAGCCUUUUCUCAUUAAAUUUUGGAGCCAGCAGUUGCACCAUUGCUGCAGAAUGGAAGAUCCUCAAGGAUCUGGCAACUUCUUUUUUUUAGCUUAAUUAACUAUCACUGAUACUGCAGUUGAAAUUUCAAAAAAAAACUAAUGCUACCCAGCACUGUAGUAUUAGAUUUAUUCCAGCUAAUGUCUUCUGAGUAAUCACCGUUGAUGGUACUGGUGCAAGGCAUUGUGAAUAACAAGUAUUAAUUUUGAAGUAAAAUAUUCUCUCUAGGAAGCUGCCAGCUUUAAAAGCAAAGAUGCAAAAGGCUGUAUGUGCAUUGUGGACCAAACAAUAAUACUUCCAGUUGGAUGCUAUCCCACUGUCUGAAAUGGAGAACCUGGCUGAUUCUUCAGUUAGCAUUUGAAGAUUCUUUUGAUUUCUCAAAACCAACAUAACUAUUCCAGCUGAUGCUCUGGUAGUGAAUGAUUAAGUUCAGUUCACUUAACUUUCAGUGUAUGCUCCAUGUUUUAGGAUUGAUCAUGUAUGAAUGAAUAGUCACUGUACAAGCCUUCCUUUGAAUUUUCAUUGUUCAUACUCAUCACCACUACUUCUGUAGCACUUCAUGCUAUCCAGAUGUUCUUAUUUCUUUAAUAGAGGAUGUUAUAAACCUUACAACAAAUGUGUAAGAUGAUGCAGUUCUAAUAUUUAUUGUGUUAUGCCUGGCCUUUGAGUGUGACCAGUUAAACACUUUUUCUUAUAUUUUUGUUUUGUGUGUCCGUUUUCAGUGUUGAAAUUCUGAUGUUGCUGCAGUUUUCCUUCCGUCCACAUGAGGAGGAAAAGCGAUGAGCAAAAUUCAAACCAACAUCUAUUUUUCUCUGUUUACUUCAUUAUGUAUGUUGCUGGAAGUUGUGUAAAAAUUGGUCAAGUCCAAUGAAAAUAAAAAAUGGAUUUAAACUA